GCAUGAGCAAGAGCAACCCCGGUAGUUACAAGCCUCGAGGGUUGGGGUUGGAAGUUUGAACCGUGGGUGUGGGAAAUGGGAAUGGAAUCGGAAUUUAAUUUCGGUUCCUCUGCAACUAUGCAAAAACGUGGAAUUGAUCAAUUGAAGGCUUAAAAUCCGCUGGAUUCGACUUAUAAUUCAGAUAUUUUUCUCUUCCCGAUUGGUCAACGGUACAUAGUCAGCUAAGUGUUCGUCACGAACGGUUAAAAAAAUCUGAAAACCCACGUGUCAGAGUAUCAGAAAAUAGCUUACUCGAAAUACCCGACGAAUCACACUCCACCACUAGCAGGUUGCAGCUUCUAGCUGAGAGUUCGAAGCUUGCAAGGCUGGUUCGCCCUUUAUCUGACGCCAAUGGGACAGGUCUUCGGUACCAUUCAAGAAGGAAUUCAAGGUAAGGAAUGGAGGAAAAAGCAACUCAAAAAGAUAUCCGAUAGGGUUUUUGAUCGAUUCAAAAAUGAGUCAGGAAAGGCUAAUUUGACAUUUGAAGACCUGUAUAUUGCAAUCCUUCUUGUUUACAAUGACAUUAACAAGCAUUUGGCUGGUCCCCACAUUGAUCCACCUUCUAAAGUUGAUAUCAGAACUAUGAUGAUGACAUAUGAUCUCAACCUUGAUGGGGAACUUGAUAGGGAAGAAUUUGCUGGCUUUAUUCAGAAAUUGACUAAAGACACGGUUAAUGUGAUUAAUCAGAAUUUGAUCAUUGCCUUUCUUGUAGCACCAGCAGUAGCAUUGAUGACGAAGAGGGCAACUGAGGGUGUCCCAGGUGUUGGGAGGGUGGUGCAAAGGGUUCCUACUUCAGUCUACGCUUCAGCAGUGACUCUUGCAGUUGUUUUAUUACAAAGAUCUGGCCAGGAAAUUGAGUAAACUCGUCACUGUUCCCUAGUUUAGAUUUUUCUGUUUCUGCAUUUCAUAAAGAGAUUGUAAUAAUUCUGUUCAUGUUGGUAGGGAACUCAUUAUUUGCUUCAAAGUGUGAUAAGAACAUAGCAAGAAUAAUUGAUGAAAUAAAGUGUGUAAUUAUGUUCUUCA